CACGGGCUCCCGCCUUUUGUUAAACGCGGGAAACUUCGCCUGCGCAGUUCAAACAUUCUGCAAUCCCACGUUCUGCCCAUCCAAAGCUUUGUCUCUUGGUUUUUUUUUUUUCGCUGCUACGGAUGGAUUUGUGCAGAGUAGACUCCAUUGCGGCCUUGUUGUUGCUUGUCAAUUAGGGCAUUCCAUUCACGUGGUGUUGUAAAGGAAGAUCUACUCGAAGGUAUGCUGCAGACACUGUUGCUGGAUUAAGUUAGGGAUGUCUCUGGUUUGCGCAGCUGCGUUUCGCUGCAGGGUUUGAGUGGAGUUGUGUUUUAAGAGGAUUUAUACCGGUUUUCGCACAAUGACGUCGACGGUCAGAGCCACUGGGUGUUACAAAUGUGGAAAGCCAGGGCAUUGGUCGCGGGAUUGUCCCUCGCAGCCUGCGUCUGAGAAUCCCACUCCUGGAUCUGCUUCGGUGCCGUCGUCGUCUGGGGUAUUCGCAGCAGCGAAGGGAGGGACGCAGGCAAGCACUCAGGGGUUCAAGAGGAAGGAGCCUUGGCGGGGAGGUGAGAAAUCGGGGUCUUUUGGUCCGCGUGAGAAGCCAGCCAAAGCGCGUGUGCCGCCCCGGCGCAUGCCCAAGCUCACUCCCGAUCUGCUGCUGGGAGAUGAUGGCUUGGGUUAUGUGCUCGAGAAAAUUCCCCGCCAAGUUAACAUCAGAGGGCGAGGUCACGAGGUUGAGGAUUUGAAGAGCCUGCUUGAAGCGUAUGUCCGGUGGCACCAAAAUCUAUUGCCCUACUACUCCUUCUCCCAAUUCGUGGAAAAGGUGGAGAAGGUCGGCUCCACAAAGCGUGUCCGGCUCUGUGUUCGUGAAUUACGAUCUAAGGUUGAGAAGGAAAAGAACUCCUUGGGCGCAGAUGCCAACUCAAAUGCAGACGAUGAUGAAGCGCCAGACACGAAAUGGGAAGAAAACGAUGGCGACGCAGCGGAGGAUCACGGAGACCCACCAAUGGAUGUAUUAGAGGAACACUUGCGUGAGUCAGCACAUGCUUCAGUCUCAAACCUAGUAGAAGCAGCGCCUGCUUCUGCCCCAAGGCCUACCAUUGUAAUAGGUCCAGAGCCCAGUACAGUGGCCCAACAGGAACUUAAGGAAGAACAGCGGGCUAGAAUGGAGGCUAACAAGCAGAAAGCACUUGAACGAGCCCGUGCCCGGAAACUUGAGUUGGAAAAGGCUAAUUCUACUCCACUCACAUAAGCGGUUAUGUGUCUGGAGUUACAACCUUGUAGAGUAGCUACCAGCUUAUAUUCUACCUCAGAUGAGCAGUGUACAUAUCGUCGUAGUACCCUGGAAUGGCCCGAUUCUUAUUUUAAAGUCCCUGAGUUAGUCUCCUCCACCAGGAGCCUCUUGCUUGUGAGAGACUGAGCUGAAACAUUAGAUGUUUUGUUUACAAGCUUUCACGCAUUUGGACUGUGACAUCCAUUAAUCUUUCAGUCACAGCAGCCCUAAUCGAGUUUAUACGGAUUCGGCUUUAGAAUUUUUCGAUUCAUAGUUAUGCGAAGGCGGUGGAAAAUGAUUGAUGGCACACUCUUAAUGAAAUUUAAACAAGGUAACGUAUAGGAUA